CAAAAUGGCUGCGCCCUACAAAAGGAUAAACAGUGAUGACAGUUUUGAGUUUGUGGACCAGACUGACCUGUUACAUGUGAGGCUAACCGGGGAUCACAGGAGGAAACAUGUUAUCCCUGGGAAGGAAGCACAGACUGGAGAUCAGAAACAGCCAUUGUCUCCAGUAAGUCAGAGAACAACGCCACUCACACUGAAAGCCUUUCAGCAGCUGUUGGACGGUGAUGGAAGGCUUGUGGAUGAGUCUGCCCUCAGGAAAACUGUCUUUCUAGGUGGAAUAGAGCCGAGUGCCAGGAGAGAAGUCUGGCAGUACCUCUUCUCACUCUACCCGUGUAACUCCACACAAAGAGAGCGGGAGGUUUUGUUGUUGGACUACAUAGUGAAGUACAGUGAGAUGAAAUCACACUGGAAGUCACUGUUAAAGCAACAUUCCACACCAGGAGCUAGCGAACUUGAGCAGGGUCUGGUAGCAAAAUAUCAGGUUCCAGAACAGGACACACUUGCCCCGGCUUCAACAGAAAACUGCUGUAACCAAAGUAAUAAUGGGGAACCAGACAAAGCAGACGGGCCACAUUUAAAUUCCACUAGUUGUCAAAAUGAAUCAAAUACUCAAAAUAAUCACCAGGGUAUGAAUAAGGAGUCAGAUCUGGUACGGUUGUCCAAACACUGCAAUUUUAUUGACCUUAACAACGAAGAAACAAGACAGAAGGUUGCCUUCAUGAAAAUCCAAGCGCAGGUCUAUGUGAGCAGAAACAGGAUUGAUGUUGGGGCGUUACGCAGCUGUCUACGGUUGAUUGAUAAAGAUGUUCCCAGAACUGACCGAGAUACUGAAUAUUUCAGGAGUAGUGAUACGCCAACAUUGACGAUAUUACGAGAAAUACUCAUCACAUUUUCUGGCUUUACACCAGAUGUUGGGUACGCACAGGGCAUGAAUGAUAUACUAGCUAGAUUCCUCUUUGUCUUUGACUCAGAGGUCGAGGCUUAUUGGUGCUUUCAUAACUACCUGGAGAAAAUCAAAAUUGACUUCCAAGAGGAAGGAAUGAUUAAUAAAAUAGAGUUGGUUCGUAAGCUACUACUGGAGAUGGACAAGCCACUCCUUGAACAUCUGGAGAACCACGAACUGGGAGAUCUCCUUUUCUGUCAUAGAUGGCUCCUACUAGGCUUCAAGCGUGAGUUUUCCUUCCUCGAUUCCCUCCGCGUGUUUGAGAUUCUCAGCUCCCAUCACCUGGAACUCUCCUCAGUGGAGGCAGAAAAGGUCAAACGCAAACAGACAAUGAAAGAGUUUGCAGAUAUAGGUGGCGUAACUAGGACAACGCCCCGUGAGACCGAUGCGGAGUUCACGUUCGAACUGUUCAUGUGUGUGGCCAUGCUACAGGAGUGUCGACCAGCCCUCUUCAAAUGUACUGAUGCAGCAAUGGUCUUCCAGGUCAUCAAUAACUUAGCGAUUAACUUGGAUGUGGUAUUGGAGCACUCAGAACGCCUGUUUUUCCGCUACUGUAAGAAAAGCGUCGAGGACAGUUUCCAACUUGUUGACACUCCUGGGAAAAAACAUCGCCGAUGACACAGACCAAAACAAGCAUCUGAGUGAUCCAGCUGUGAUAUUUAUUAUAUAAUCAGAUGAUUGUUUCAGAACUUUGUAAAAGUUACCAACAUUAUUAACAUCAUGGUUGUUAACUUUCAAAUCUUAACUAUUCUUCAAGUUUCAUGGGUGAUCUACAGUAUUUCUAUCAAGAUUCAGGCACCUUGUUUUAUAUGAUCAUGCCUUAAAGCUGCACUCUCAUAGAUUGGCCAUUUUAACAACUUUUUUAUUUUUUGUCUUGGAAAGAGCAAUUUUUUGCGUAAAUAUCUGCAAACCAAUGAUAUAAGUUUGCUGACAAAAAAUCAGAUCGUAGAUUUUCAUAUUUCCAUUCAAAAAUUAAUGAUUUAUGGCUUAAACCGUUACUAACGGUUUAAGAAAAAUGCAUAAAACAUCAUUUUUUUAACUUAAAUAUAAAAUUCUGCGAUCUGAUUUUUUGUCAGCAGUCUUAUAUAACUGGUAUCCAUGGAUGUUCACAAAAAUUGGCUCGUUCCAAGACAACAAAAAAAAGUUGUCAAAACGUUCAAUCUGUGAGAGCACAGCUUUAAACUAUUUCCCUUUUUAAAUUUAACAACAACGGUGUUAACAACGUUGCUGACUUUAACAAAGUUCUGAACAAUGGGUGCAUUAUAUGCUUAUUGUUAUGGAAUUUUUUUAUAGAUAGCUUGUUACGGUACAGAAGUUUAAUGAUCUAUAGAAAUCUAGUGUCAUUCAAGCAAAAAAUAGUCCAAAUUUGUUUGUGAAUUUUACAAGAAACAAUGUUUUCUUCCUAAUAUUCAUGAAACUAAUCUAAAUUGGUCUUGGCAAUCAAUCACUCAGCAAUGUCAGGAUAAAAACAUGGUUGUUAAGGUCAAAAAAGGCAAAACCACUAAGCAGUCCAUUAUUAUUUUCUAUGAAUGUUGGUGAAUCUGUUUACCUCAAUUAAAUCCAGGGAAGGUUUCAAAAUAUGUCAUAAUUAGUAGAAAUCUUGCAAAUAUAUUAAGUUGAAAACUUUCAAGGUUAUAUUAUGAGGUCAUUAUGCCUCUCUUGUUGCUUAUAAAUAGGAAUAGUCCAUUUUAAUUUUAAGAAGUUUUUCAAGGUAUAUGGUUUAAAUAGCAACAAGAAGGAAGAGGCAUUGACGUGGCGGAUACGUGGUCUAGUUGUAACACACUUGACUGUCAAUCUGCAGGUUCAAUUCCCCGCCUCCCAACUUGAAGUACUAAUCAUUGUCCGGGAGGGACAUUAAAUAGGGGUCCCGUGUGACAGUGCUAUUCACUGGUGCAUCUUAAAGAACCAGGGUUGCUUUUACUCUGGUUACAUUCUGCCUGUGCACUAUGCUCCAAAAACCUAAAAUGACUAACAAUCUCAUCCCAGCACUCACUGAAUGGGCAAGGCCAGAGUGCGAGUAUAUAUAAGCUCACACACAUGCACGCACGCACGCACACACGCACGCAGGCACACACGCACAAACACACGCCUUGACAUAAAUAUGACAUUAGCAAGCAUUAUGAUGUCAUCAUUUCUUGUCACUAAAUAUUUAUGUUGCACAAUAUGUUUUUAAGGUCAUAAAUACUUUUCAGGUAAUUAAUAUUUGUUUUUUUGUGUUAUAUACUAUAUUUUUUUGUGUUAUAUACUAUAUUUGAUAUGAUGCCAAAAACUGAAAUCCUAAACAUAUUUUCUUUUUUGACAAGGUUAAUAUACUAUGGCUUGUACAGGGGGUGCAUAUAGUUCAUAGUUGUUUGGGCUAAUGUCUUCUGCUUCUUAACAGGGUUUAUAUUUUAAUUUACAAGGACUGGGCUUGUCUCUGUAGUUUUCUUUGUAUUAUUGUAUGUAAACAGUCUGCAAAACAUUUUACUGAAUGUUUAUUUAUUUUACACUUAUUCUUACUUGGUUACUUUUGAAACUAUAAUAAUGAUUGUUUUAAUCGAUGUUGAUUUCACUAUCAUGCUUAUACAUAAAACAAGUUUAUGCCAAUAAUGUCUAUUUAAUGUUAAAUGUGACAAAGUUAAUCAAGAUGGCUUAGUGAACAUAAUAACCCUUCAUAGAAAAUAUUUUCAUAGUAAAUAAUACAGGUGGAAAAGUGUAUUAAGAUGGUCAUCUGCAUGUGCUAUUAAACUGUUUCAAUGAAGUGGUAUGGUUCCUCCGAGGGGGGGGGUGUUGAUAGGUACAGGUUCAACUUGCUUCCUUACCAGGAUAUUUCAAACCUUUAGAAGCCCUGGUUCCUGGAUAUCAGGAUUUACGGAAUUAAGAAUAAAUCUAUAGUUUUAAAAGAUAACAUUUAGAAUUUGAUCACAGCUGGAUUUUGAUUUUAUCAUGCCAUUUGUCGUAAUGUUAAAUGUUAAUACCUGGUGACCCUAAAUAAUUGUGAUAUCAUUUGAAAAAUAAUUGGUUACCGAUAUAUACAAAUAUGUUAAAUAAAUUACCUAUAGAUGUAAAAGAAAUUACCGACCAAACAUUAGUAUUGCAAGUGAUUUAUUUUGUUCUUUAUUUCAAUUGAAGUCAAAAGUGAAAUGACCUGUUUUGCAAUCUUUAAAGGUCUAAGAUUUUGGAUGGUUAUAUUUUUUGGUAGAAUUAUUACAUAUUCAUAAUGUACAAGAUGCUUCUAUAUGGUGCCAAACAAUGGUCACCAGGCAACCAAAAAUGGACAUACUUGUACAUCAGAUUUAUAACUCAAUGUGAUUAUUUUAGGUCAAAGGUCAAGGUCGCAGUAGAUUUUCACUAUUUAAUAAAGGUGAAUAAACCAAACUUCACUGUUGGUUUGUCUCGAGUCCAAAGUUACAAAUUUUAUGUCCAUUAUUUUUUUUUCUCAGAUACGACCACACAAUAGGGGAGAGUGGCGCAUUUUCAAAAAAGCAAUCUCCAGUAUCAAUUGAUAAUGAGGAACUAGACUGUUUCAACAGUUGAAUAGAUACAGGGCUGUCAUGCAGAUGAAACACUGAAUUCAUUUAUUAACCUGUAUUAUUUAUUGUUGUUUGUUCUUAUUUCUUUUUCACAUAGAUUUUAUAUCAACACAUUCAUAGUCAUUAAUAGUGAGGCAUUAUAACAAUUCUAUGCUUUUGUAAAAGUUAUUUUUGGUGCACACAUACACACAAACACAGAAGCACAUGUCUUUCAAGACCCACACAACAUACACACACUCUGACUGUCAGACACAUACUACACUAAAAAACAUACAAUCUCCCCCCUAAUUAGUGAUGCUCUAUGUUUCAACUACUGCUAAUUUUAAGGUAAUAUUUAUAUGCUUUUUGAUUGUGUGCAAUAAAUCCCUACUUUUAAAGUGAUAGUUUAAUUUAUAGUGACUGAGAGAUUCAUAUCCAACUUUAUUACCACUUAUAUAAACUGAGUGUAAUAUAUAGUAAAUUGGAAUUGAAUGAUUGUAAAACAUUUAGUCAGUAUCUCAUUGGGAAAAUGAAGAUUUCAUAAAUAUAGUUAGAGAAUUGCUUGUAAUGUAUAUUUUGUUUUUAAUGGAGUACCAAAGAAAUCUACCUCUUUUGUAAUCAUGAUAUUGAUGGAUGGAGAUUUUAUAAAAUCACUUUAAGUUUUCCAUAGGGGCUGUCCUCUCUGACAAUCCCAAAAUAGAUGUUCCGUUACAAUGUUUGUACUACAAAAAUCACAAAAGUUAGAUGUUUUUAUUGUACAUGUACAUAUGUUUUUGUAUGCAUUAAUCUAAGCAAGAAUUUUCCUUGAACCUGCAAAGCUAUGUGAAAAUUGUGCUUCUGUAAAUUGGAGUAAAUAUGUUUUUCCAGAUAAUGUUGUUUUCUAUGAUUGGGAAUGUGUUGUACAAUUCACUUCUGAUGAUGGAUUGAUGGGGAUUUUUGUUGUAGCGAGUAAAGGAAAUUAUUUAUAAGUAUUGUAUUAUUAUGAAAAUAGAAUUUUGGUUAUAAUUCAGCUGUUAUUACCGGUAGUUGAAUUUCGAUCAAUACAUUUUUUAUUUUACACGUAAAACAGUAUUUCAACUGAUUGAUAUAUCAUAUAAAUUGUGCAAUAUUUGAAAGAAAGUCCUGUUUACACAUAUUUGUACCAUGCAUUUAAUAAAAGAAAAGUAUGACUUGAAGAAUGAAAUUCUAAAAUCAGUAUCCAUAUGAUAACCAUAUUACUAUAGUUAUUUUAUUGUGUUUCAUUGUACUGUUUGCACAAAAUGGUAAAUUAAUACUGUUUAUCUGUAUGUUGUAAUGGGCCGGUGGCCUUAUAUCAAAUAAACUUUGUUAUUGUCAUAUUUUGAAAUUUGCAGAAUUAUAAACUUUUAAUAUGAUUAGAUAUUUAUUAGAAGUUAAAGCACAAAAUCAAAAGAUUUAUAGAUUUAACACAUUUAUCAUCAUUUUGCUUUCAAGAAUGAUAGAGUUGAUAAAAGUGAUUGUGCGAUUUGCUAUUUAGUAAAACAGAGUUAUAAUGAUUAUUCAAGAAUAUUGUUUGUGCUAGUAUACCAUUUUUUCUAUUUAAAGUGGCACGUUUAUUCAACUUUUAUAAAUACACAUGUAUAACAAACAUAGAUUUUGAGUGAUACACCUUUAACUUCUUACCAAAUAAGUCAUUUAUGGAAAAUAUUAAUUACAAGAUUGUAAUCCUUUGUUAUUAACUGAAAACCCAAAAAUAUUAAAUGAUUGGUGAGUGCUAAAAGAUUUACUGUGAUCUAUUAUAGUCUCAUAAGGUAGAAAUACCAUGUUUUCUGCACCUUUCUUUCAAAUUAAAUUUGGUAUCCUUCAUAAGCACCAUUGUUUUGACAUCUAUUCAUCCUUUUUUGUAUAUCAAAACAAUUGUAUUAAUUGUGGUAAAUCUUAUUUGGGAGUAAGAGUGCAUUAUGUUCACGAGAGUGUUUUUUUUUUUUUUUUGACAAUCAAUUAGUGUAGUUAUACACUGAAAAUGUUAGUAGUACAGUAGCAGUAUUUUUGUCAUGAUGUAAGUUUAUCAUGUUUUCUAUGGCAGGUAAAUAACAUGAUUCUCUCCAUAUUUUUAUGUUAAUUUGAGUCAUAUUGUUAUGUGAUUUGACAGGUUGACACUGAUUACGUGUAACCUUUUUUGUUUGUUUUGUUGAAUAACAUAAUAUUGCAUGUUUGCUUAAAGAAAACCGAUGUGAUUUAUAAUGAAGAUAUUUUUUUGUAAACAAGGGUGCCGUGUUGUGAGCACCAAUGCUUGCAUGUUGUUGAUUUUCGAGCUGAAAAGGGGGCAUAACUAAAGCAAGAGUUAUGGGCCUUGCAAAUGUGUAUUGUAUCUGGCAACCUUUGUACCAAUUUUCAUUUGAAUGACUUAAAUGGUUAUGAGUAAUGGCCAAGGUCGAAGUCUUUCACUACGAACGCUCCGACUGCACCCACACUUACCAUAAUGCUAACAACAACAACACUGAUAUUGCAAUAACUCAUUUCUCUUUUUCCCUAAAAACCCCAUCUAAAACAACUUUGGUUGAUCUAUAUUUCCCAUCGUUUUUAUUAAGAUUAUUCUUUGUUAAAAAUUUACUGAUAUUUAUGCCCCCUUUUGAAAAAAGUGGGGUAUAUUGUUUUGCACAUGUCGGUCGGUCGGUCGGUCUGUCUGUCUGUCGGUCGGUCGGUCGGAAUACCAAAUGGUUUCCGAUCAAUAACUUGAGAACGCUUUGACCGAGGGACCUCAUACUUGGUAUGUGUAUUGGUCAUCACCAGCAGAUGAACCCUAUUGAUUUUGAGGUCAGUGGGUCAAAGGUCAAGGUCAGUGUGACCUUUACAUGAAAAACGGUUUCCGAUCAAUAACUUGAGAACGCUUUGACCCAGGAACCUCAUACUUGGUAGGUGUAUUGGUCAUGACCAGCAGAUGAACCCUAUUGAUUUUGAGGUCAGUGGGUCAAAGGUCAAGGUCAGUGUGACCUUUACAUGAAAAACGGUUUCCGAUCAAUAACUUGAGAACGCUUUGACCCAGGGACCUCAUACUUGGUAUGUGUAUUGGUCAUCACCAGCAGAUGAACCCUAUUGAUUUUGAGGUCAGUGGGUCAAAGGUCAAGGUCAGUGUGACCUUUACAUGAAAAACGGUUUCCGAUCAAUAACUUGAGAACGCUUUGACCCAGGAACCUCAUACUUGGUAUGUGUAUUGGUCAUCACCAGCAGAUGAACCCUAUUGAUUUUGAGGUCAGUGGGUCAAAGGUCAAGGUCAGU